AUGACGGGUUUCGUGUUCAUCGUGUGCGUGCCGAACGGCGAUUUCGAAGCAAAACUUAAGAGCAAAUCCCAUCGCAGAGUCUUCAUUAAGACGACGGGAAAGAAGAGAUGGUCCAGCUCUGAAUCGAUCUUCAAAAACAAGAGCAGCAGCGACGAUGAGGUCAUCGUGGAAUCUUCCCCGAACAGGGAUAACUAUCAAUACGUUUCCAUGGAGAAGUUAGUGCACGAUAUUCUGGUCACGUAUAGGAUGGAGAAGACCGCUUGGUCGCAUAAUCUGGAUUCGAAUUUCGUUCAAAUGAUCUUCACUAUAGAAGCUGGUGAUAAGUGCGAGGAGAUUUUGGAGAUCCUGAAAGAUCACAACGUGGGUCUUCGUUACGAAUCGACGAUUAGUAUCAUACCUUGUAGUUUGUACUAUCAAGGGUGCGAGAAGGCGGAUGAGACUUUCACCGUGGAUAAUCAGGAAGAGAAAAAGGAUGUGCCGGAUACGGCCUGGACUAGAUUCGUGUCUUCGGUGAGAGCCAGAUUAACCGUGGCCCAGAUCGUGGAGGUCCUCAAGUCCGAGGCGGCUGUGACGUUCGAUUUCAUUUGUUUGCUGGUCAUCGCGACGAUUUUGUGUGCCAUCGGGUUAGUGGAGAACAGCAACGUCUAUCUCUUAUCUAGCAUGCUAAUCUCGCCCAUGAUGGGUCCGGUGAUGGCAGGAACAUUCGGAUCGGUAAUAAGGGAUCGGAUGCUGCAGAGGAUCGGAGUUCAAAGCGAAUUAAUCGGAUUGGGAACGGCCACUUUGGUGGGAUUCUGUUACGGUGCGAUAAUCUGCAUGUGCACCGAUAAAUAUGGAGAAGUCGAUUGGCCCACGAACGAGAUGAUCUCAAGGUAAUCAAUCUAGUACUAGAAGUAUACCUUUGCGAUGUGAUUCCUACUUGAUUAAUUGUGU